AUGGGGUCCCUCUUCAACAGCAUCUGCCUCUUCACCUGCUGGCUGCCAAAUAUAUUAGCUCCACCGGCACAGACAAUACCAGGGUCUGAGACAGAUAUCUCCGGCAAGACCUACGACUACAUUGUCGUGGGAGGUGGACUCGCAGGACUCACCGUCGCAAACCGUCUGAGCGAAGACAGCAGCCGCACAGUCCUCGUCAUUGAGAAUGGCUACGUUGUUGACGAUAUCUCGACUCAAGUUCCGUCAUAUGCGAACAGCUUGAAUACAGGGUUAAUGUACGACAUCACGUCUGCUCCCAAUGCAAACAUUGGUGGUCAGACGAAACCUGUCUAUGUAGGCAACGUCGUUGGAGGUGGUUCAGUUGUAAACGGCAUGGCCUUUGAUCGCGCGUCUGCUGCCGACUACGAUGCCUGGGAACGGCUCGGCAACACCGGGUGGAACUGGAACAGCUUGCUGCCCUACUUCAAGAAGUCUACCACUUUCACACCGCCCUCAGCAGCCAAUGUCAAGGCAUGGGGAAUGACAUACGACGCAUCGUACUACGGCACCAACGGGCCAAUCCAGGCAUCGUUCCCCAACUUCGAAUAUACUGACAUCACCACGAUAUGGGCAUCCUACAAGGCUCAAGGUGUGCCACUCCCCAAGGAACACGCCUCGGGAAAUGCUGUUGGCGCUUUCUGGAUACCUACUUCGCUGCAGCCCAAGACGCAGACUCGAUCCGAUGCCAAGAAUGGGUAUUAUGACCCCAUCAAAAGCCGCAGCAACUUGGUCCUUGCCACCGGCAAGACUGUCAACGAGGUUCUGUUCGACUACGGUCUGCUGACCGGCUACAAAGCCAAGGGUGUCCAGUACGUCUCACGCUCCGACAACUCCGUCAGGAAGGUCUACGCCAGAGUCGAGGUGAUUAUGGCCGCAGGGUCCGUCUUCACGCCACAGCUCCUUCAGCUCAGUGGCCUCGGACCCAAGGCUGUUCUGAGCUCAGCAGGAGUGCGUGUGAAGAAAGACAUGCCUGCAGUAGGCGCAAAUAUGCAAGAUCACCCCAACGCAAAUAUGCAGUUCGACCUCAAGAAUCUCGCUCCAGUCAACCCAUUGUCUGGUCUAGAUUCGGCCUCGAAUGCAUCAGCGUGGGCGCAAUACAACGCCAACAGAACUGGCCCCAUCACCCAAGCCCACGGAAGCAGCCUCGCAUUUCUCAGCCUGCAAACCAUUACCGACAAAUACCAGUCGAUUGUGUCAUCCAUCAACAGCCAAAACGCAGGCAGCUAUCUGCCCUCGGUCUAUGCCGACUCAAAGCUACUCGCAGGCUUCAAUAAGCAGCGCGAAAUCAUCGCAGACCUGCAUUCACGCACUGACGCAGCGGUCGCCGAGUUCCCCAUGGUUGCCUUCGGGCUCGCCGUCGGUGCACUGCAACGACCCCUGUCGCGCGGCACCAUCACGCUCAAUCCAUCGAACAAGUACGGCGUUCCCGUCGUACAGUGGAACGCGUUGCAGAACCCCAUCGACCGCCAGAUCAUCGUCGAGAUGGUGCGCUGGCUGAGGCAGCAUUGGGCGCGCCCGGAGCUGAAGAAGUUCAAGCCCGUCGAACUCAUCCCUGGUAGUGGUGAUGGCAUGCAGACAGACGACGAGAUUAUAGAUUCGCUGGUGCAGACCAAUGCUCUUGAGGCAUCGUUUGCACACAUGUCUGGUAGUUGCUCGAUGAUGCCCGAGGCGUACGGUGGUGUCGUGGGCAGCAACCUGCUCGUCUAUGGUGUCAAGCAGUUGAGUAUUGUGGAUGGGAGCAUUAUUCCGUUAGUCCCCGCAACGCAUCUUCAAGCUACCAUGUACGCGGUUGCCGAAAAGGCGGCAGAUAUCAUCAAGGCGAGGAAUGCUCCGCAAGCCCCCUCAAUCUUCAACCUCUUCAACAUCCUCAGUCGAUUGAGAUUGCGGUAG